AUGUUAUGGAUUGUUUUUAUUUUAUCAUUAAUUUCUAUGUGUGAUUCAAUUAUUGUUGGUACAAUAAACAAUAGUAUAAUGAUUGGUACUAUGAAUAAAUCAUUAUUAAGUGUUACCAAAAAUGAAUGUAUAUGUGAAAUGAUGAAAAUAAAUGUAUUUUUAUUAUCUGGAUUAAACUAUUUUUCGACAAAUGGAAGUUGUCAAUUAUUUUAUUCGAAUAAUAAUUCGAUUGCUAUUGAAUAUAAUGUGAAUUCUGAUUUUAUGUUUAUAAAUCAAUCAGCAAUAUCAAUAACAAAUAAACCGAUCGUAUCAUUAACGACAACAUCCACCACCACAUCAACCUCAUCAUCAUCCACUAUAAGAACCACUUCUUCAACUUCAUCAUCAUCAUCAUCAUCAACAACUUCCUCAUCAACUACAUCAUCAUCAACAUCGACAACAACCACAUCAUCAUCAACAACUACAUCAUCAACAACAACAACUAGCUCAACAACAACAACAACUACGACGACAACAACAACAACUACUACUCCACAUAUAUCUGGUCCUACUUGUUCUCAAUUUUAUUGUUGCGCAUAUGGUGUUACUUCUUGUGUUUACAAUAAUGUUGCCUGUCAGUGUCAAGGUCCUGGUGCUAGCGGUGGUGGAGGUACCUUUUUUUGUUCUGGUUGUGCUGGUUCAGGCCCUUCUGCUUAUUAUGGCGGUGGUGUUUGUUAUUUUGGUGGUUAUUAUUAUUCUGGUUGUUAA